CCGCCAUUGCGGAGGCGCGCGCAUUUUGUUUGUUUCUUUCAUCGAACAGCUGAUCAGUUAUGGAAAAUUCUAUCUUGAACCUGGCUCACGAGAAGCAGAGGAGGGCAGAUGUUCUGCUGCGCUCAGGACGUUUCGAGGAGGCUGCCGAGUGCCAUGAGAAUAUCGCUGAACUUUUGGCCGAGACACAUGCACAAAUCAGUGCAAGUUUUGUUGACGUAAGACCAUUGGAGAUAUCAAAUCAUCAAGACAGCUGUUUGGCCACGUCGUCCAUUCACUCUUCAGCUGCUCUUGAGUCGCUUGUUCUUCAGCGGGAUUAUCAUAAGAGGCAAGCGGCUGUUGUGAGAAUGAAGCAAGCACAAUAUGAAGAAUACAAAAGUACUUUGGAGAGACAACAACGACAUCUCCUCAGCAAACAAACAUCGAAAAAUCAUGACAAAGGAACUGCCGAGAACGCAAUCCCUGAAAAGUACGAGGGAUCGUUGAGACAGGCCAUUUACAGGACAAUAGAGGAGCAGGACAGUCUACUGAGUCUAAUUUCAUUGCCUGAGGAUGGCCAGCCGUUCAAGCAUCCUAAAGACACCAACACGGUUAUCGAGGAACUACGUACCGCUAAUUCGCAAUUGAGAUCGCUCGUCGAAAGUUUGCUCAGUCAGCUUGAGGCAAAGGAACAGGAGGUUCGCCAGUUGACCCAGAGGCUUCAGACCAGAUCAAUUGACUCUAACGAGGAAAUUUGUCCUGGGGAAGGACACUCCUUGAGACUAGCACCACUUCCACCUCUGGCGCCGCUCGAAAUGCCACUGUUUGAUUUCACUUCUCCUUAGGAUUAAUCAGCAGCAAGUGAACGAAUUAUACAUAUUAACAAUAUAUAUACAUAUGUACUUAAAUAAGUUGAGAAACAAUUGCUGUUUCUCAGAACACGAAGGGCGUUGAUGUAAAAAGAGAAUCCUGAUUGUUCCUAAUUUCUCAGCCGACGCAGCAAUUUUUUGAUGCUAUAAUGUGUACAAGUUGAAUGCAAGAGUGCGUGAACUCAAUGAAUCUUAUGUACUGUAAACGCAGUUCACUGUAUCGAGGGGUUUCGUAUUUGACGGAUUCAAGUCCGAGUCGAAAUGAAACGUUACUAGGGUCGCGGGGUAAUGCAUGUGGUGAUUAGCGAUUAAAAUGCACUUUUCCAUGAACAUAUCUAAUUCAAAUUAUUUUUGUAUGUACUACGGUAAGCAUGUAAACUAUGAUAAUGGAUAUUUAUUUCAGCGUGAGGUAGAAUUUAAGAUUCCGUUCAUCUCGAUUGAAGAAAGCUGGAGAAAAUGAUAUACUGCCAUUGUUAGGUUGUACAUAAGUGCGCGAAGUCUUCAUUUUUUUAUGAGAGGUUUAGCUGCGUGACUGGUGAUUAAAGCCAGCAGUAAUAAUGUUGUGAUAAUGUUGCUGCAAUGGAACCAAACUUUUUGUCAGCUUAUUAUUAGGUUUUCUACUGAUUGUUUUACCUCAAAAUUUGGGUGAUUAAGUGCGGUGGACGUGCAAGAAUUGUAAUGAAUAAUAUAAUUGUGAAUAGUUGAAUGCAUUUCUUACAUGGAAAGAAUUUUCCAGUUGAGAGUUCUAAUAAAGAAUGAGAGAAUCGUCAGCGA